AUGGGCAUCCGGAUCGGCGAGGUGAUCGAGGGAGGAGUCGUUAAUACGCGGGGUGGCGUUCGUCCAGCUGAGGGAGGAGUCAGCGAGGUUCGGCGUAGCCUCGGCGACGGCAAAGUUCGCAACCUCGCAACUUCUUAA